CAAAAUUCUAAGAAGAAAUUGUCGGUUUUGUUUCACCACUUUAUAAGGCACCCAGCAAAACAUUUUGAGGAAAAUCCAGCUCUAAUUUCUGACUUAACAGGGACAUCUAUGUGGGUUCCAGUAAAAGUAUCCAAAUGGACCUAUGUGGCUUACAAUGAAUCUAAUAAGAUAUAUUUUGCAUUUCCUCUUGCAAAUCAUAGAAAAAUCUACACUCAUGUCUACUGUCAGAGCACUAUGCUGGAUACAAAUAGUUGGAUUUUUGGCUGCAUAAACACCACUUCCAUGUGCCAGCAAGGAGUUGAUUUAUCAUGGAAAGCUGAACUGCUGCCAACAAUUAAGUCUCUGAUGUUAAGACUUCAAGACUAUCCAUCUUUGUCUCAUCUUGUUGUUUACGUACCAUCUGUUCAUGGAAGUAAGUUUGUUGUAGAUUGUGAAUUCUUUAAAAAAGAGAAAAGAUCUUUACAGCUUCCUGUAACUCAUCUUUUUUCCUUUGGAUUGACUUCAAAGAAAGUGGUGAUAAACACAAGCGGGCUGUACUACAAUAUAGAACUUUUGAACUUUGGACAGAUAUAUCAAGCUUUUAAAAUCAACGUGGUAAGCAAGUGCUCAGCAGUCAAAGACGAAAUAACUAGUAUCUAUAAACUCCAUGUUCCCUGGUCUUAUGAAGACUCUCUCACCAUUGCACAGGUUCCAUCUUCUACAGAAAUUUCUCUGAAACUCCAUAUUGGUCAACCAGAAAAUGACAGCUAUGUGGCAUUGCUAAAAAUGUACACAUCAUCAAAUUGUCAGUAUGAGGUGACAGUCAAGACUUCCUUUUCACAAAUACUUGGACAGGUAGUUCGGUUUCAUGGUGGAGCUCUUCCUGCCUAUGUUAUAUCUAGUAUCCUUCUUGCUUAUGGAGGACAGUUAUACUCUCUUUUCUCAGCAGGUUAUUGCUUAGAGUAUGCUACCAUGUUGGAUAAAGAAGCCAAACCAUACAAAGUGGAUCCUUUUGUAAUUAUGAUUAAGUUUCUGUUGGGGUAUAAAUGGUUUAAGGAAUUAUGGGACAUGUUGUUGCUACCAGAAUUGGAUGUCAUCGUUCUGACAAGUCAGAGCAUGUGUUUUCCUCUGGUGUCCUUGAUUCUCUUUCUGUUUGGAACGUGCACCGCCUACUGGGGUGACCUGCUCUCUUCGGCAUCUGUGAGGCUCCUUUCCUCAUUGUGGCUAGCUUUGAAAAGACCCUCUGAACUUCCUAAAGAUAUCAAGAUGCUAUCACCAGACUUGCCCAUUUUGACAGUUGUUCUGAUCACAGUUAGUUGGAUAACUUGUGGAGCACUUGCUAUACUUCUCUCCUAUCUUUACUACAUGUUUAAGAUUGUUCAUCUGCAAGCCAUCCUAACAACUUUGAAAAAUAGCCAGCCUGUGAAUCCCAAACACUCUAGAAGAAGUGAGAAAAAAUUCAAUCACCAUAAAGACACUUCUGCCCAGCAUCUCCGCUUAUCUGCUAGUGAUGCUGAAGACAGUCUCCGCAUGCACAGCACUGUGAUGAACUUACUAACAUGGGUUGUGUUACUCAGCAUGCCGUCUCUCAUUUACUGGUUAGAGAAUCUUAGGUAUUAUUUUAAACUUAAUCCAGAUCCAUGUAAACCUUUGGCAUUUAUCCUUGUUCCAACUAUGGCAAUUCUUGGAAAUACUUACACUGUUUCAAUAAAAUCAAGUAAACUGUUGAAGACUGCUUCACAGUUUCCGCUCCCUCUGGCCGUCGGUGUGAUUGCUUUUGGGUCCACACACUUGUAUAGGGUUCCCUGCUUUGUCUUCAUUCCUCUUGUACUCCACGCGUUAUGCAACUUCAUGUGAGGGUGGACUUACGGAAUGACGGAGAUGAAUGAUGCUGUUCGGGCCAGUUAUGAGAGGAAUACACGGCUCCAUCAAUAUGGAUAGCAAGAUCCUUUGAAGAAGACACAUCUAUUUUUUCAGUAUUGAAAAUAGGAAAUUAGUUUUUUAAUGCUUGAGAGAAGUAGCUGCAGCAUGGUUUUGUCUUGUGGUGUGGAAUCCACAUACUAAUCAUUUUUGGAAAACACAUGAAGGGAUGUGGUGGCUACUGUCUCUGAGAACUCCUGUGCAUAUCCCCUAGUCUGUUCUGUCAGCCCUACCCAGAGAACAUCACUUAGAGACUUGGUAGAUGCAGCAUUGUUUAUAAUCUUUCCUUAAGCAUUCUGAGUAUUUCGUCAGGUGUUUUCUGAACAGUGGAUUAUUUUGACUUUUAUAUAGUUUACAUAUUAACAAAUAAGUCUUAAAAGAUUGAUGAAAUUUAUAAAUGUUUGGUUUCUCAAAAGUUAAAUCACCACAAAGAGUCUUUGGUUAGUUUUUGGCAGCCUCAGUGAACAAAGUAGAUGUUUUGGUCUCCUGAUAUCUACGAAAGUAGAGCUCUGAAUUGUAAGGAGACAUUUUUUCCUGGUAACCAAUUCAAGACUUAUGGGUAGAAACAUGACUCAAGCUUAAAACUUAAUGAAAUUUUCUUCCUACUUUUCAAAUAUGAAUCUUAAAUAUUUUUGAUGAAUAUCAGGAGACAAUUAAAGAGAUCUGUUGUUAAAUCUAAAUUGUAAAAUGCUCAUAGAUAUUUACUUCCUGGCAUUGAAACAGUUCAUUUGUUCAGUCUAUACCUAUUGAUUUAACUCAUUGCCCCUAUGGUUGCCAAAAGUGCCUCAGGUCACAAUGGAUUGUUAAAAUAACUAAUAACUCUAAUUUCACACCAUCUUUGUGGGGGAAAAAAAAUCAACGAGAUCAAGUAUGUAGCACCACAUUUGAUGUGUGAUUUUAUACUACUAAUGGAAUAACAGUAGACAACUGUUACCUGUUAAUAGCAUAACUAUAGACAGUCUACCCAGAUAAACUGGAGACAUUGGCCACAGGGCUGAACAGUGGAAUCUUGAUCUGCCUGGGUGGCUUCUAAGAUUACUGUUUGACAAAGAAAGGUUCCUAUUUUAUUUCAUUUCAGAUUUUACUUCACUUUUAGAUCCAAGAGCAGAAAGAAGGUAAUGGAGCAAGGUGAAAAAGUAUCCUCUUUGCUUGAGGAUAGAGUAAAUGCGGCUGAGAGAGUUUUUCUUUGAGAAGUGUAUACUAUAGAUGCCGAAAGUCUCUCAAGUAAAAAAAUUCUUCAGUCCUGGCAAGUCCACAGUUACACGUGUGGACAUAUGUCCUUAUGAGUACCCAGGACUGUCCUAGAGUUCCAGUACCACUUGUCUCCAUUGCAUCUGGAGCCAUUACCGACUCUCAGCUGUUGCUCCCACAGAGGGUCACUCCCACUUCACGGUUUGCAGCACUCCCUCCCUUUUGGGCCUUCUUUGGCCCUUGCUUCCUGGUCUGCACUUGAAGCAGGGCCCACUUGAAGAGGCUCUUGCUCUCACCUCAUGGAUAUUCACUUGAUUCUAUUGUCUUUUGCACCUCCAUGCCUGUUGUUCAGCUUUCAUAUUUUUUGCUGUUGAGACCAUCAAAGGGAAGUGGUAACCUCAUAGGAGACAUGGCAGACAUACCAGGCUCCUUUUUGUUGGAGAGAAGUGGCAGAAGGGAUAAAAUGCAAAACACUUAUGUGUUUCAGCUAAGAGGAAAAGGAGAAUUUAUUUCAUUAUACAUUUGUCCCAUGGCAUAGCACAUACACAUUUGUAAAUAGGGGCACAUCUGCCUAUGUUGCUAUGACUAGUAAAUUAGCUGUGUACACACUCAUAAACAACUUUUACAUACUGUAUCUUUUGUUUUGCCAGCUGAUAUUAUAGUGUAUUGCAAGUUAUAGAUUGAAUGUAUCAUUUAACUGUUUCUGAAUUUGAACUUAGGUCCAUAUACAGAAAGAAUUUUGGAAAAUUAGUUAAUUUGGAUCUUCUCUUUAUAGCUAUAUUAUGUUUACGUAAUCUAAAGUCUCCUUGUGUAGUCAGUACUGCUCACAAAUCAAAUGUAACAAGCCUAAAUUUCCAAUUUGUGAGUAGUGCAUUUGAUUUUUAAAGUAGUGGCCUAGGCACACUAAUUCUCACUAAAAUAUUUUCAUAUGAAUGUAGUUAUCGCCAUGUCCUAAAGUCUAUUUAUGCCAACCAAAUAUUUCAUUUUAAGAACUACUAAAAGGAUUUUAAUUAAAUAUUUUAUAAACUAUGGUAGGUUGGGUCUUUAACCAUUAUAUACAUAUACAUACAGAUGUACACAUAUAUAUUGUGUGUGUAUACACACACUUAAAUUUUGACAGGGUCUCCAUCAAGUCCUGAUGCACUUUAAACUCAAAUAGCUACCACAGACAAGAGGGUAAGCUGUUUCUGAAAAUUUGCAAAAUUGAUGUUUCUAUCACUUGAGAAAAAGGAAGUACUUUGCCUUCAAAUUACACACUGUUUCUGUCAUCAGCCUGUAUUAUUAGCUGCUAAAACAGCCCAGUCCUAUUAGCAGUGUUACUAAACAUGAAGUUGUUUAUUGGCAGUUAGAGAUUACCUAAUUCAGCAAAUUUCUGUGCUCCACUGUUAUGGCAUUCUUAUUUAGAUAUUGUUGAGUUGUGAGUAAAUUUUGUGCUUAUAGAAUAACUUUUAGAUCCUGUUGUUGAUAACUAGAUCAAAUAGACUGGACAGGUAAGAACACUGGGCACUUUCAGUGUUACUAAAGCUUCCUAAGGAGUUCCUACUGAUUGUAAUUUAGAACUGAUGAUGUAAUAGAUAUUGUUAAUGUACUUUUUUCUGGAUCUUUUUCAUGCCAGAAAUCGAACAGGUUCUGCCAACUCUUUCUUUUCCUGGUUGUCACCAGAAUGAAAUAUUUAAAGCAGUGAUUCUAAAAAAGCCAUUUGUGCCUGGCUAACAUUGAUUUUGAGUCUCUUCAACAUAUAUUGAUCAUGUAUUGAUUAAUAUUUAAUUUUGUAAUAUUUUGGUCAGAUAAAUUCAGAUGUAUGUGAUGGAAUACCUUUUCUUGAGUGAGUUCUACUAAUAUAUACAUUAUUAUAAAGUGAGGAAAACAAAAUAAAAAACUACCAUAGGCCUAGUAA